GUCACCGACCGCUAGCUUCUUCGUCCUCAUCCUCUCCGCUGCUGUUGAAUCAGUUAGUUAGCGGCAGAAAGCAGCAGGUCCGAGUCGUUACGAGCUUUGUGUUGUUUGAUAAAUCCUCCUGCUGCCGUCAAAAUGAUUUCACUCACGGAUUCACAGAAAAUUGGGAUGGGGCUGACGGGGUUCGGCGUAUUUUUCCUCUUCUUUGGGAUGGUGCUGUUUUUCGAUAAAGCUCUCCUCGCCAUUGGAAAUAUCCUGUUUGUGUCCGGCCUGUCCUUCGUCAUCGGCCUGGAGCGAACGUUCAGAUUCUUCUUCCAGAGGCACAAAGUAAAAGCCACCAGCUUCUUUCUGGGAGGAGUGUUUGUGGUGCUGAUCGGCUGGCCGAUCAUUGGAGUCGUUCUGGAGAUCUACGGUUUCUUCCUCUUGUUCAGAGGAUUCUUCCCGGUGGCGGUGGGCUUCAUCAGACGAAUACCUGUGCUCGGGUCUUUGCUCAGUUUGCCAGGAAUCAGUUCACUGGUGGAUAAAAUCGGCGAGAGCAACACGAUGGUAUAGCACAGGACUGUUUUUGUAUCGACGGCGAGCUUCAGUAUUUAUCAUAGUUUCUAAUAGUGACUGUAUAUUUUGGUCGUUGCCACUGCAGAGCUAUGAAACCAGACCAAGUGUUUCUUCGGAUGUUCGACUGACGUUUUGUAUCCGACUGCCAAGAGAUUUUUUACUUUAAAAGCUGGAAGCAGGUCUCCCUUUUUGUAUCAUUCCAGCAGUGUGAUAUUUAUGACUGAUAAGUUGGGACCACUGGAUUAACUCAGCGGAGUGUCAGGAGCUCUUUACAGCGUCCUCUCCCUCAGAUCCUGGGCCUGAACACUGAGAGUUUUUUUUACAAGUUCCUCGAUGACGUGUUACUGGAAUUUUGUACAUUUCAAAAUAAUGUUGAGCUAAAGAAACCUGAACUGUUGUGAAAAACAUUUAAGGAGCUUGUAAAGGAGAUGAUUUACUGUAACUUUUGUAAAUUCAUACUUUAAAUAAAGUGUGUCUUUUU